AUGGGCGCCAAGGAAAGUGUCGAGGCAGCCGCCAAAAUGAACGCCGAUGGUUGGGGCCAUGUGGAGCGAUCGAGUCGCUACCACAACCAUCGGCACAACCAGCGCUCACAGUCGCUGAAUCGCGGACAGGCGCUCUCGCAGGCGGACGUGAGCGGCAUGUGGUGACAUCGGGGUGCCUCU